ACCGUGAGGCUAAGCUCAGUGUGUCUACAGAUGUAAAAUCCUCACCGGCAGACAAACGGAGACAAGGCUGGGAUAUUAUGGACGAGUGGAACGCGAUCAGUGGUGAUGGAAACGGUGGAGUGGAACUUGUGACGGUGUGAAUUGGUCAGUAGGAGUAAAAGAGACUUGCACUGUGCUACAACAAUGGAACGUUUGCCCCAGUUACUUUCAUUAUGGAUAUUGGUUGCUGUGACAACUGUUAUUGGCUCUGCCCAAGAGACGGAUAUGUUUGACUUCUCCAAUAUAGACGAGCCUAUGGACGGAUUUGGUACCUCUCCUGUCAAAUCUAAAUUAGACAAAUGCCGGUCAAAUCGUCACGUGUGCAGUACCAUCCUCAAAUAUCCGGGUAACCAGACGUUCAGUGAUGGCGUCCACUGUCUAUGCCCCGGAUGUACGGAGGAAUGGGGCGUUAACGACAACCAGUCUCUGACCUGGGUCCACUACGAACGACAUGACCAGUUGGUCCAGUAUCGAUUUUGCAUCCCCGUCAUGCCAGAGCGCACGUGCAAAGAGGGUGACCUGGCCGUAGUUAUGGAAACGGAGACCUCUAACUGGCGCGUGUACAUGUCUAUGGCGAGGUGUAAGUGUCCCAACAAUGUCUUCCAGCUGUCCAACUGGUGGAAACGGAACAAAGUGUGGAUGUACGAGUACAAUUGUCAGAAGAAAACCUGUCAGAAAAACGAUUCAUUGUGUUCAAAAAUUUACGUGGAUAAAGUUCAUGACUCAGCUCUUGGCUAUGAAUUUCAAUGCGCAUGUCCAGCCGGAUACAGUUGUCCAAGUGACCGUGAACCGGAAAUGGAAACGCUCGUAGAUCAUAUCGGACACUAUGUCCCAAUGCACUGCCACCUUACUAAAAAUAGCGGACCUGUCUGAAACUCACUGAACCAUAAAACUAUUAUGUACGUGUAUAACUGAGGUCCGUCUUUCGCCCUUUAUGAUGUCAGUUUGCAAUAAGAUAUUGAAAUAUGUAAUAGUUUUAAAUAAAUUAGAGUUUUAAAACGUUGCCAAAGUUAUUGCCAUUAAGACUUUGAGAUGCUACAUAAUGCAGUGUGUGUAAGGACCGCCAAAUCUGGUUAGAUAUUGGUAACGGCUUUCUUUAGGAAACGCCCGGGUGUAAAUGAAUUGAAAUUGAACAUUCUUAUCUUUACUGUUUCAACAUUGAAAUGCACAGUUUGUUUUCAACGUAGCUUGUUGCAUGCAUUGAACAUAUUUAGAUUUGGUGUCCUCGACCACCAUAUCAUAUUUUUCUUUCUUUCUUUUUGUAUUUUCCUUCUCAUAUGCAAAUUUUAUAAAUACACUUUUAUAUGGAU